ACCGAUGUUUUUUUGUUUUUUCUUCUGUUUAUUUGUCACAUUUUUUUUUCGUUUAACCGUUUGUUUGUUGACUUUUUUUUUGGUAAACAACAAAAAAAAUAUUUCCCGGAAAAGUUCGCUUCAUUUCCCCGAAAGACAACAACAACAACAACAAAAUUGUGUUUUGUGAUUUAUUCAAAUACAGAAAAAAAUAGUGGAUUUUUUGUUUUUUCUGGUAAAACAAAUAACCGAGAAAAGAAGCGAAAAAAAACGGUAAUAAUGCGUAAUUAGAAAAAGUUUCUGGCAAAUUUCUGGCAAACAAGCAAAAAAAUCAAAAGAAAAAAAUCGACUUUUUCUUCGCUAAAGAAUAUUUCCAGAAAAUUUUUUUUUUCGCUGACCAAGAUUCUUGCAGAUGACCACGAUCAUAAUCAAAAUGAUGAUGAUGAUGUCCAUAAUAAAAUUAUUAACAAUUUUAUCAUUAACUUCGAUUUAUAUUGUUGCUAGUCAUGUACAACAACAACAACAACAAUCAUCCACAAAACAACAACGAUUUCAACAAGAUCAAAAUGAUCUAUUGUCAUCAAACAUCAAUAAUAAUCAAAAUGAUUUAGAUUGUACAAAUGAUGGCCUAAUUACAUUUGAAUUGAUUACCGGUUAUGUAUUAACAUCACCAGCUGAAACUGUCCAGAUGAUACCCGGUAUAUUACAAUUAAGUGAUUGUAUUGAACGUUGUCAACGAAAUCAAUCAUGUAGAGCAUUAAAUUUUGAAACUGGAUUAUGUGUAUUGUUAACAACAGCAGCUAAUGAUCAGACUACUGUAUUGACACCAUCACAAUUCCCGGUGUUUACAAUUUUUGCACAGAAAAUCUGUCUAAAACAAAAUUAUCAAAAAUGUAUGGAAAAAGGAUGGUCAUUUGAACGUGUUCUUGGAUUUGAAUUGAAAGAUAAAGAUUUAAAAAAAUUACCAUUACCAAAUCGUUUUGCUUGUAUGCAAGCAUGUUUAUCUGAACAAGAUUUUGUUUGUCGUUCGGCAAAUUAUGACCCAGAUACUGGUGAUUGUUCACUUUCCGAUAUGGAUCGUGGUUCAAUUAAUCCAACACAUGAUAUUAAAAUGCGUACAUAUGGACCAUCAUCAUCUGGAUCAACUGAAUAUUUGGAAAAUAAUUGUAUUGAAGAACCAAAAAAACUAUGUGAUUUUCGUCCAAUCGAAGGAAAAUUAUUGAAAACAGUGGAUUUUGUUUAUCAAAACAUUCAAUCAAUUGAUGAAUGUCGUGAACGUUGUUUAUCAUCCAAAUAUCGUUGUCAUUCAUUUGAUCUGGGUGAUCCAAAUAAUCCAAAUAAAGUUUGCCGUACAAGUCAUUUGGAUAAAUAUUCAUUAGCACAUAUUGAUGAUGCAUAUUUACAAGUUAAUGGUGCUAUUACAUAUGAAUUACAUUCAUGUUAUAAUGUGAGUAUUUUAUGUAAAUCACGUGAAAUGAUUGCCCAUGUACAGACGACAAAAAUAUUUGAUGGAAAAAUUUAUGCCAAAUCAAAACCGAAUUUAUGUGUGGAAGAUAUACAGAAUAGUUUGGAUUUUGAAAUUCGUAUGAAAUAUCAUGAUGUUGAUUGUGAUGUUAAAGAAGUUGUACAUGGACAUUUUAGUAAUGAUAUUGUUAUACAACAUCAUGAUAUGAUUGUAACAACAAAAGAUUUAGGUUUAAGUAUUCAUUGUAAAUAUGAUCUAACUAAUCGUAGUAUUACAAAUAAUGUUAAUCUUUCUGUUGAUGGUGAUGUUGAUGCAACCGAUAGUCAAUCGGCUAUUGUUAGUUCACCAAAUGUAACAAUGAGAAUAACUGAUCGUUCGGGUAGUAAUAUUGUUUCAGCACAAGUUGGUGAUCCAUUAAUGAUUCGUUUUGAAAUUGUUGAAGCAACAAGUCCAUAUGAAAUUUUCGUUCGUGAAUUAGUUGCUGUUGAUGGUCAAGAUCAAUCGGAAAUAUUAUUAAUCGAUUCGAAUGGUUGUCCAACUGAUUUGGCUAUAAUGGGUGCAAUGAAUAAAAUUGGUGGUGAUCGAAAAGCUAUUGAAGGUCCAUUUGAUGCAUUUAAAUUUCCAACAUCGGAAACGGUACAAUUUCGUGCAUUAGUAACACCAUGUUUACCAUCAUGUGAACCAGUACAAUGUGAUAUUCGUGGAUAUGAUGGUGGUCUCCGGGAAUUAAGCUCAUUUGGUCGACGAAGACGUAGACGACGAAGUAUUAAUACGGCCAAUCAAAAUGAUGAUGUUCUCAAUGAAGAAGAAAUAAUUGUAGCAGGAGCUAUUCAAAUUAAAGAUAAAUUUACAUUCAAUGGUAAAGAUAGACGAAAAAAUCAAUCAGGUCAGCAACAACAACAACAACAACAAAAUCAUCGAUUUUCAAAUGAAGAAGCAUCCAUUAUUGCACGACGUGAUUUAAUCUCAAUGACGACAACUGGAACCUGUUUAAAUUCAAUGGGAUUUAUAUUUGCCGGAUCAUUUUUUCUAUUAGCACAAUUGGUUUUAUUAUUAACAUGGGCAUGUCUACGUAAUAGAUCAUCAACAUUGAAAUCAUCAUUGUUAACAUCGACAACAAAAACAUUAUCAAAAUCGCCAUCAUUUUCAUCAUCAUCAUCAUGGAAUAUAAUGGAUCAUCAUAAUAAUAGUAAAAUUAUUCGUCCAACAUUAUACGCUAGUCACGGCAGCGGUGGCGGUGGUCCUUCUCCUAACAAUAAUCAUCAAAAUAAUGUUUACCAUCAUUAUCAACAACCAGGAAAACAACAGCAUCAUGUUUGAUGAUGGUAAUGUGAUGAUAAUGAUGAUGAUAAUGCAAUAAAAAAUGGAUAGAAAUUU